AUGAGUGCACACCUCUCUCAAAGGAAAGACAUUUCAGUUAAUCAGCAAACAGGUGUCCAAAUCUGUGAAGUGGAAGAAGCAGACAAAGCAGAUGUGGACAAGGCUGUAAAGGCUGCCAGAGCGGCCAGCCAGAGGGGCUCGCCGUGGCGAAGGAUGGACGUGUCAAGCCGGGGGCGACUCCUGCACAAGCUCGCUGACCUGAUGGAGAGGGACCGUUCUCUUUUACAGACUAUGGAGACUAUAGACACUGGGAAGCCAUUCCUUCAUUCUUUCUUCAUUGAUCUGGACGGCAGCAUCAAAACCCUUAGAUACUAUGCCGGUUGGGCCGACAAGAUACAUGGCAAAACCAUGCCUUGGAACUUCCCCCUGCUGAUGUUCAUGUGGAAGGUGGCCCCGGCGCUGUGCUGUGGUAACACUGUGGUCAUCAAGCCAGCCGAGCAGACCCCUCUCACAGCCCUGCACGUAGGAUCUCUCAUCAAAGAGGCCGGUUUCCCCCCCGGAGUGGUGAACAUCGUGCCAGGGUUCGGCYCCACAGCAGGUGCAGCCAUUGCUAGCCACAUGGGCAUCGACAAAGUGGCGUUCACGGGAUCUACAAAGGUAGGCCAGUUGAUCAAAGAGGCCGCAGCAAAGAGUAAUCUGAAAAGAGUGACCCUGGAGCUGGGUGGGAAGAACCCCUGCAUUGUCUUUGCUGACUCGGACUUGCAGUUGGCAGUGGAGGAGACCCAGAAGGGAGCCUUCUUCAACCAGGGCCAGUGCUGCACGGCCGCGUCGCGUGUCUUCGUGGAGGAACAGAUCUAUGAGGAGUUUGUACGUCGCAGCGUCGAGAGUGCCAAGAGUAUCGUCAUAGGAGACCCCCGACCACGUACAUCACACGGACCACAGAUUGACCAGAAGCAGUGUAAGAUACUGGAGUUGAUUGACAGCGGGAAGAAGGAGGGAGCCAAACUGGAGUGUGGAGGCGUGGCCAUGGAGGACACAGGCCUCUACAUACAGCCCACCGUAUUCUCCCAUGUCAAGGACCACAUGCGCAUCGCCAAGGAAGAGUGCAGGGGUGAGUAUGCAUUGGCAGAGUACUCUGAGGUGAAAGCUGUGACCAUCAAACUGACUGAGACRCUGUGAGKGACACAGGAGAGACCACAAACCACUACUAGAGCCCAGCCCAGCACUACUCUGUCAUCAACUCAGGCUGUGUYCCAACACUCUGAAGCCACUCCCUUUCCUCAUCUUCUUGUCUCCUUUCCUUUAUCACCUUUGGUCAUAAAGRGUUUGAUUUGUGCGUGUGCUGUGCUCAAAUCCUAUUCAACGCCUAUUUCACCUAUCACUCAAAGUCAUAAGGUGAAAAAGCCAAGGAAAGGACGCCAUCGAAGGGUGUUGGGACACUGGAGUGGCUUGAAGUGGCUUUCUUUCCUUGGCAAAUYAAAGGAGACAAGGAGAGGUGGCCAAYCUGGAAGUGAAUUGGGACGCAGCCAAACCCUAUUAGAGUUUCAGACCCUCCCACAGCUCUAUUGCUCCAGGGGUGUAUUCAUAGGAACCAAUUGGAAGCAAACKGGACGAAAUGGGAGGGACCUACCUGRAUUUGUCAAAUAGAAAUUGCUACGGUUUGCAACAUUUUACACUAAUGAAUACACCCCAGCCCUUUACAAUACCACAGCACUUCAGAGCUUCACUAAUGCCCRCCAAYAKAUGUGKUGUACAAUUUUGAACCUUCUUUGUCACCAGUCCCAUAGUAGAACGUCACCAGUMCCAUAGUAGAACGUGGGCCGUGUUCGGCAGAGCACAACAUUGUGGAACAUUCAGAUAAAAAUAUAUUAUGUAGAACAAACAU